GUCACACUGGAACUCAGAUAGGAGCCAAAAAGUUUUUUGGCAUAUAUUUUUUUGAUUUCAAAAUAUUUGUGGCUGCCAUGCAAGUGUAUAGUUAGAAAUUUAUAGAAAGUGCAAACAAGUGACCAGAACACCGAUGGAUAUACAGCUAGGCGCCAUGCUGCACGUGUACAAGGGGGAGUGGGGUCUGCCGACCAUUGAUUUUGAAUGUUUACGUGCCCUGUGUCUUCUGCGAUUCACCCGCUGUCCCAUGGACGUGGAAACGAAUGCUAAUCCCCUGCGCUCUGGAGCCGGAAAGUUGCCCUAUCUGCAGAUUGGCAAUGACAAAUUCGUGGGCUACAGUCAAAUAAAGCGCGUGCUGGAUCUUGAGGGUUACCCGAUUGAUGCGCACUUAAACACCAAACAAAAGCAUUUGUCCGCCACAUAUGCCAACUGGGUGUUCACCAAUCUGCAUGCCUACUACCACUACUUCCUCUAUGGAGAGCCGUACAACUUUGACAAAACCACCCGUGGGCUGUAUGCCAAGCGCACGCCAUUCCCAUUCAACUUUUACUAUCCCUCGACGUAUCAGCGCGAGGCGUGCGAUGUGGUCCAGGUUAUGGCCAGCUUCGAUGUGAACGAUAAGCUGGAUAAGCACGAGUCAGAAUAUCUUGUUUUGAAUGCCAAAAAGUGCGUGAAUUUGCUCUCCCGCAAGCUGGGCCGCAAGGUGUGGUUCUUCGGUGACACCUACAGCGAAUUCGAUGCGAUUGUGUACAGCUAUUUGGCCAUAAUCUUUAAGAUCACACUGCCCAACAAUCCGCUGCAGAAUCACAUUAAAGGCUGCCAGAAUUUAGUUAAUUUCAUAAAUCGCAUCACCAAGGACAUCUUCCGCAACGAGGGCUUCAGCUCCAUCAAACCCACAAAGGCCGCGAAUGGCACAGAUGUGAAUGUGGCGCAUUCGGAGCAUAAAUUCCUCGAGUCUGACUGCAGUACAAAGAUCGUGGCUGGCGUCGGUGCACUGUUGGCCAUGGGUGCGUUUGCAGCAUGGCGCGGUAUAUACAACCAGUUUUGGUCCAGGGUUUUUAUUUGGCUUCAGAAAUUCUACUAAAUUCACUCAAAAUUCUCAGUUCCAAUUCAAAAUUUGAUUUGCUUUUUCACCCCAUUUGCAGCUAACAACGCGCUCCUCAACGGACUACGAUGGCAUAGACUACGACGAUGAUGAUGCGGAGGAGGGCCUAGAAUAAUAGUGCUGCUCUCUAUA